CUUUGCCGUUCUUUCCUUCUUAGUACUUCAUAUCUGCAUUUUUCAACCAUUGAAAGCGCGUCUGUUUUUUAUAACACUUAUGUUGAAAAAGGCCUUACUAUAAACAAUAUGCAUUUCACAAUUCACCCAACACAAUUGUCUGAUGGCACUUUGGUAACUUAUGCUUUUCAA